AUGGAUUACGAUGGAGGCAAACUUAAGUCGACCUCCAUCAAUGGUGUCAAGAUGUACAGCAUUGCUUCCCAGCAACGCUCUCUCGCCACCUGGCUUGACCCUAAGAAGCGUCGAGCGCUUCGCAAAGAUCAAAAUUAUUUGCAAAGGGUGGACUUGAUCCAAGACCUGAGAUUUGAAACUGCAACUACUAAAAUCAAGGCAACUCCUGACGGGGAGUUCGUAAUUGCAGCAGGUAUUUACCCACCACAAGUCAAAGUUUAUGAGCUGAGGGAACUUUCACUCAAGUUUGAAAGGCACUUGGAUUCAGAGAUAAUUGAUUUUGAGGUUUUGGCUGGUGAUUAUUCAAAGCUUGCAUUUUUAUGUGCUGAUCGUUCCGUUUAUCUACAUGCAAAAUAUGGAAAACAUUACAGUGUGCGAAUUCCAAGAAUGGGACGGGACAUUGCAUAUGAUUGCUGGUCUUGUGACUUGCUUUGUGCUGCCUCUUCCCCAGAAUUGUACAGGAUUAAUCUGGAACAGGGGCGGUUUCUCUCUUCCCUGAGCACACAAUCAGCGGCACUAAAUGUAGUUUCUCGGAGCCAGCUUCACGGUCUAGUUGCUUGUGGUGGUGAGGAUGGUGCUGUGGAAUGUUUUGACUUGAGGUCGAAAUCCUCGGUUGGUAGGAUUAAUGCUGUGGCACCUGCUGGUGACAUUGACCAGGAGGUCACUGCAUUGGAAUUUGAUGAAAAAACGGGUUUUCUAAUGGCUGUUGGAAGCAGUGCAGGGAAGGUACUCAUUUAUGACUUGCGCUCAUCACAUCCUAUACAGGUUAAGGAUCACAUGUAUGGCAGCCCGAUAUUAGACAUUAAGUGGCAUCAAACUCUUAAUUCUGAGGCGCCAAAGUUAAUGACCACUGAUAAUCACAUUGUUAGAAUAUGGGAUCCUGACACGGGUGAAGGCAUGACCAGCAUUGAGCCAACAGCUGGAACAAUUAAUGAUAUAUGUGCAUUUCCUGGGAGUGGAUUGAUGUUGCUGGCUCUAGACUGUAGUCAGAUUCCAUCUUAUUUCAUCCCUGAUCUUGGACCUGCACCCAAUUGGUGUUCUGAACUCCAAAACCUUACUGAAGAGCUAGAGGAGGGUGGACAGACAACCAUCUAUGAUGAUUUCAAAUUUUUGACAAAAGAAGACCUUGAGAGGUUGAAGUUGACUGGUCUCAUUGGGACCAAUCUCCUUAGAGCCUACAUGCAUGGGUUUUUUAUUGAUUAUCGGUUGUAUAAAAAGGCAAAAGCUUUGGCAGAGCCUUUUGAUUAUUCUGAAUACAUUGAACAACGUAAAGGAGAGAAGCUAGAGAAAGAACGUGCACAGCGAAUUACGAUUAAGAGGAAAUUACCCAAGGUCAAUCGGACUCUUGCAAAGAGUAUUCUUGAUAAUGAAGAUGCAGAGAAUGAAAUUAAAGGUGCUGAUAGCAACGAGACUAAGAAGCUGUCAAAGAAAAAGAAGGCACUUGGUAGUGAAAUUCUCAAGGACGAGCGAUUCGGAAAUAUGUUUGAAAAUAAGGAUUAUCAAAUUGAUGAGUUUUCGCAAGAGUAUGUGGCUUUACACCCUAUGCCUUCUAAGAAGCAACCAUCGUUGGUGGAUGAACAUUUCAGACCUGCCAUGGAGGAUGAAUAUCAGAACUUAAGUGAUUCUGAUGCCUCCACAACAUCUUUGUCAUCAGAACCUGGCCAUGAAAAGAGUAAAAUGAGAAAGAAAGGACGAACUCCAAGAUUGUAUGAAGUCAAGGAUGAGCGGCAUGCAGAAGCAUUCUUAAAUCGUGAGUCAUUUGCAAAGGAGGAAUUACUUCCAUUGGGCGAGAGGGUAGCAGCUCUCAGAGAUGAUUGGCAGGUUUCUGCUAUCCCAAGUGAUGUUAAGCUGGGACCCGGAGGUUCACGUGAGAUUUCCUUUAGAGCUAGAAGCUCUGCUAAGUACAAAGAGGACAAGGAGGAUGAAGAAGCACAGCGUGGAAAGAGGAGGGGAGUUCAAUCAUUAGGACUAAAACAAAAUAAUAACGGAUUUGGAAGUCGAGGGAGAGGAGGCAGGGGAGGUAGAGGAGGCAGAGGAGGGAGAGGCGGCAGAGGGAGAGGAGGGCAUCGCGGGAGAGGUAGAAGUGGUGGCUGGUAA